UGUUGUUUUUAUACUUCAAGUAUAACGUAAAGUGAUAUUUGAAAUAGCUUUCAUGAAUUUGAAUCAGCAGACAGAAACAAAUACUUCAGCACCUAAUAUAUAUGAUGAAAAGUAUAUAGAAUUUGUAAAUAAUGUAUUGAAAGAAACAUCUGAAAGUUAUGAGAAAGAAGGGAAAUUUUUAGACAGUGUACUAUUAAAUCUAUAUAAUAUUUUUGGUGAUAUACUUGAAAGAGCAUUAGAUUUAUAUGAACAAGAACGUGUAACUCAUAUUUUCCCAUCUGAAACAGCUGGAGUAGCACCGCAUAGUAGCAGAAAUAAUGCUAGAUAUUUAGUACAAGUUAAAGGAUUAUCAGGAGUACCAUAUAUUUUCUUUCCUGAUAUAAAUUAUUGUACUUGUGCUUCAUUUAGAUGUCAAGUGUUAAAUGAUAGGUCUUUGUUUACUUGUAAACAUGUUUUAGCAGCUUGGUUAGCAGCAAUUACAAAAGAGAAAUUAUCUUAUCAAUAUAUAACAGAGAAACAAUUUCAGAGUUUGUUGCUAUAUCAGGUUUCAUACAAGCAAUAUGUACCCUGAUCUAGAAAAUUAUAGUUUAGUAGCAAAACUAGGAAACCUUAGAACUGUAGUUCAAUUGUUAAAGGCAAUUAAUUUUAAGGAGAGUGCUACAUGUUUUGGAACUGAAAAUGGUUUAAAAUUAACAGUAGAAGAUGCGAAAUGUAUGCAAGCUAGUGCUUAUAUUCCAGUCAAUGCAUUUGAAGUAUUUAACUUAAAGGAAGAUAUAAUUUUUAGAAUAAAUUUAAAUGUAUUGGUAGAGUGCCUUUGCAUGUUUUGGAGCAACAUAAAUACUCACGGAAGUUCUGUGGCCUUACAGCUUUUUUAUAAAGGUAUUGGACAUCCAGUGAGUAUACUUAUAGAAGAAAAUGGUGUUAUAACAGAUUGUUCUUUAAAAACUCAAGAUCCAGAUGAGUUGUUAGAUUUUCAUCUUGAACCAGAAAAUGUUCUAAAUAAAGUAGUUCUACAAACUGAAUUAUUAAAAGAUAUAUUAUCUGAACUUGAUCCAACUAGUGACUUGAUGGAGUUAUUUCUGUCACCAUCUCCACCUUUUUUUCGUAUUAGUACAGCUGGUAUAGCUGGAAUUUGUCAUAUUGAAUUGCCACAUGAUGGAGAGUUAAUAGAUAACUUUCAAUGUACUUCAACAGCUAUGUCAAGUUACAGACUGUCGCAUAUUAAGCCAGCUAUGAAGGCACUACAAUACGCUAAUAAAGUUUCUUUAAGAACAGAUACAUGUGGACUACUAUGUUUUCAGUACAUGGUAAAAACUGAUGAAGGGCAUACUUGUUACGUAGAGUACUAUGUAAGAAACCAUUUAUGUUUAUGUUUAAUAUAAAUAACUAGGUAUGCAUGAAGAUAAUACAUAAAAAUAUAAAAAUAUCUUUUCAGAUUUCACCUGUGAUAGAUGAAAAUGAAUAAUUUCAUAGUAAAUAAUGGAAUAUUGAUAGGAUUAUAAGUAACAAUACAAUUUUUUACAAUACUA